ACAUCUCAUGGCCGCUCUUUAUGCUUUCAAAGGCGCCCGUCGCUAAUCAGAUAAGCAGAUAAAGCUCUGGCAGCAGAUCUGCGACAACUCCUUUGUGCUCAUACUUUUACUAUACACACACUAAAAAUAACGUAUAGCUCUGCCAUGGCUAUCGAAACUUCGGCCGCCCACGACGUCGACAGUGCACCUCACGGUCUUCUCAAGAACGCACCUACGGACGACCUGACUCUCGAAGAUGAAAGUUGGCAGCAUAGUGUUUGCGUGCACUCUUACCCAUCUCCACCCUUAAAUGGGGGCGUGACUGAAAUCAUCUUCGAUAUUGAAGUCAAGGACCCUUGGAGGGCCCUUGAGGACCAAGGCUCCGAAGUGACCAAGAAGUUUAUUGAGGAGCAGAACCACUUGUCCGUCCCUCGCCUCAGCAAUCACCCUCUUCGAACGGAGCUUGAGAUUGCUGUCGAACAAUGCUACAAUCACGAGCGCAUGACCUGUCCUGAACUUCAAGCCAGCGGCUAUUAUUACUGGAAAUACAAUCAAGGUACAUCUCCCCGAGAUGUCAUUCUCCGUUCAAAAAAUCUCGAGAGUGAUUUUGGCAAGUUUGCCUCCGAGGACGGCAAGGGCCCUGAGCUUUUCUUCGACCUUAAUACAGAAGAAAACAUAUCUUUAUAUGCUCACAGCUUCAGCCCUAGCGGGAAACUUUGGUGUGCCAUUCUUCAACAGUCUGGGGGUGACUGGUUGCGUCUUCGUGUAUAUGACACUCAGACUAAGAAGGCUAUCGAGAGAAGUGUGGGAGGAGCGAAAUUUACUUUUGGUGCUACCUGGGUGGGGGAGAAAGGCUUCAUCUACAAGCGAGUGAUCGACUACGAUACCACCGACGGCAACUACCAAGCAAAGGAAGGUCAAUUCGGCUUGUUCUAUCAUCAAAUCGGCACUCCCCAAUCAGAAGAUGUCCUCGUCUGGAAAGCCCCAGAGGGCGUCUUCCAGUACAUUGGCAAGCCCUUGAUCAUCACAUCCGAUGCCAAAGAGGAGAAUAAGAAGAGGGCUUGGUUCAUGCUCGAUAUCUACAGGAACACAAGUCCGGAGACUGAGGUUUUGAUGGUGGAGCUGCCUGGAGGGACAGCUGGCCCUGUGGGUCAUACACUGCCAUCUCUUGUGCUACAUGGGAAAAAAUGGGUAUCAAAAGGCUUCACUGGAAUGACCAAUUAUAUUGGCUCUUUGUCCGACGACACUCACUUGUUCACCUCUUUCACCGACGGAAUCUCCACUGGCCGAAUUAUCUCUGUGAGCGCUGCUGACUAUGACGCCUGUGGCGUCAACGAGGCUAUCAAGUUCAACACUGUCGUUCCCGCAAACUCCGAGGGCCAUCAACUACGUCACGCAUACCUUAUUGGCGACCAAGUCAUCGUUCUCGAUUAUCUCAAGCAUGGUUGUUCGUUCCUCGUGUUCCUAGAUGCUCGGACCGGCAAAUCUGUGGGCUCGUCAGACUCCAGGGGAACCCGCGGUGAUGCCGCUAUAGAUCCAGAUGUGGAAGUGCCUGUUCCAGAGGAGGAGGUAGCCGAGCAAUCACCAACUGAAGAUCAAGUCAUCAUACCUCAACAUGCCUCCAUCAAUGAACUCCAAAGCCGACCAGACUCGAACGACUUUUAUUUUUCAGUAAACACCUUUGUCGCUCCUCCUUACGUGCUUCGAGGAGAAUUAAUUAAAAAUCACAAGGUGGAGAAGGGCAUCAAGAUCAGUGGCAUUUCAAAAUCUCACACGAUGCCUCAAGAGACUCUUGUCUGUUCUCAGUUGUUUUACGAGUCGCAUGAUGGUGUCAAGAUCCCGAUGUUCAUCUGCCAUGCCCACGAUCUCGAUUUGACCAAGCCUAACCCGGCACUAGUUCACGCUUACGGUGGCUUCUGUUCUCCAUCUCUUCCCCGCUUUGACCCCAUGUUUGUGGCGUUCAUGCGCAACCUCAGAGGGAUUGUUGCCGUUGCUGGCAUUCGUGGAGGUGGAGAAUACGGGCCUGAAUGGCAUGAAGCCGCGCUCGGUAUCAAGCGAUGGGUAGGAUGGGACGACUUUGCUUGGGCAGCCAAGUACCUGCAAGGGAAAGGUCUUACAACUCCGGCGCUCACUGCGACUUACGGAACAUCAAACGGGGGCCUUCUGGUGUCGGCUGCCAUGGUUCGCAACCCAAGCUUGUAUUCUGUCGUUUUUCCCGAUGUUGCCAUCACCGACCUUCUGAGGUAUCACAAAUUCACUCUUGGUCGUAUCUGGAUGGACGAGUAUGGGUCUCCCGAAAAGGCUGAGGACUUCCCCAUUCUCCAUUCCACUUCACCUCUUCACAGUGUAGACGGCGACCCCGCCGUUCAGUAUCCCGCUGUGCUUAUAACUACUGCCGAUCACGACACCCGGGUCGUUCCUAGUCAUUCUCUCAAGUUCCUGGCGGAGCUCCAAGCUCGGAAGUCCGAGAACAAGGGGGUAUUCCUCGGCCGCAUUUACGAAAAUGCUGGUCAUGAGCUCGGUUCAAAACCUACCAAGAAGAAGGUUGAGGAGGCAGUUGACCGUCUGGUUUUUGUUUUGUACAACUUGAAGGAACAGUGAUCAAGUCAUCCGCAUUUUGUAACGCUUUCCAUUAAUUUUUCACCGCACUAUUUUGACAACUGUCAAAUAAAUGUACAGUAAAUCCAUGCACAAGAACAUCAUCCUUAGUAUGCAAACUGAUGUCAACAGAAGUAAUAGUAGUUGCGCAUGCUGCGGAAUCUAAAUUAAAUAAG